CCAUUCAUUCUUUAGUUUGUGGUCUGUCUGACUGAAAAACAGCACGGCAGGAAGACAGAAACAAAACAAAUUUUCUCUCAAAUUACGAAUUUAGUGUCUGUUGAUUUGAUAAACAAAUAUUUUUUGUUUGUAUUUUAUUCUUUUAUUGGUUUUAAUGAUCUUUAACUAGAAAAUGACGGAAGAAACUAUUACAGUGAGCGAUAACUCUGAUUCCGAUGAAGGCGGAGCUCAAGAACUCAGGGGGCAUUUGAGUAAAUGGACGAAUUAUAUUCAUGGCUGGCAGGACAGGUUUAUUGUCUUGAAAGAUUCAACAUUAUCAUACUACAAGAGCGAGUUGGAAAGUAAUCUUGGGUGCCGCGGUGCGCUAUGCUUGAAGAAAGCCAAAGUUAAGCCCCAUGAAUUUGAUGACUGUAGAUUUGAUGUAUCGGUGAAUGAUUGUGUAUGGUACCUGAGAGCAUCAAAUCCUGAAGAAAAACAGCAGUGGAUUGAUGUGUUAGAAUCUUUCAAGGUUGAGUCUGGAUACGGGACGAGCUCCGACAGCAGUUCCAAUGGUGGCGGUUUACGAAGGCAUGGUUCUGUCACAUCUUUGCAGUCCACAGGCUCUCAUGUUUGGAAGAGAGCGUUUUGGGCAGCUGAUGGUACACGGACGCCAUCGCCCACUGAUGUUAGAAGCAGGGCGGACUCAACAGAGUCUUACGGCAGAACGGCUCGCCGCCUCACAGAGAAGAUACAAGAACUGGACACGUAUUCUGAACUGCUCUCGAAGCAGGCGGUGCAACUCACGCAGUACUUCGACAUGUGCGUGGCUUCUUACCCCCAGAUCAAUGACGAGGGAAUCGAGAAUGAGGCGAUAGAUGCCGUUAAAUUGGCUGAUGGAAACGACUUAUCUCUUCACGCCGGAGAAGUUCGCGGCACAAGUGCUUCUUUCCGAGCCACUAUAGGCGCCACAAUGGCCACACUGAGUCACUGCGCGGAGUUGCUUCGCAGAAGAGAGAAGCAGGCGAGACAGGCAGAAGAGUUAUACAUGGCAUUGAAAACACAAUUGAACGAGGCCAGAUUGGCAUCCAAACCGGGACCUGACCACGAGGAGGGACCUCACUCCACAUUGCCAGACGACGAGUUUUACGAUGCCGUCGAGACGGGCUUCGACAAAAUGGAGGAGGAGCGGUGCGCAAGAGUGGCGCCGCCCAUCGAGCACACGCGGGAUCAAGUUGAUUUACCUCCACCAGCCAUCGACAAUAGACUCACAGUGCACCCUCUUUGGCCUGAGAUUGACCGGAUAUCAACGGAGCAGAUCCAGGCGGCGUUCGAAGGUGUCGGUGGGGAGAUAGGCUGGCAACUCUUCGCUGAGGAAGGAGACAUGAGGAUGUAUAGGAGAGAAAUGGAGGUCGACGGCAUGGUGAUGGACCCCCUAAAAGCGAUGCACAAAGUCCGCGGUGUUUCAGCUCGCGAGAUGUGCCAUUACUUCUUCAACCCUCGGUACCGAUAUGAAUGGGAAACCACACUUGAAAACAUGACGAUCGUCGAAGAGAUAUCAUCGGACGCGCUAGUGUUCCACCAGAGCUUCAAACGCAUAUGGCCGGCGUCGCAGCGGGACGCGCUGUUCUGGUCGCACGUCCGCGCCGCCUCGGGCAACACGUACGCAGUCACCAACCAUUCUACCACCAACACUCAAUAUCCGGCGAACACGGGCGCCUGCAUCCGCCUGUUCGUGACCGUCUGCUUGGCGUGUCGCAGCUCGUUCCCGGCCGGCGAGACUCCCAGUCGUGAUAAUAUCACCACCAGCAUCGCAUAUUGCAGCACCGUGAACCCCGGCGGGUGGGCGCCGGCCGGCGUGCUGCGCGCCGUGUACAAGCGCGAGUACCCCAAGUUCCUGAAGCGGUUCACGGGCUACGUGGCCGAGCAGUGCCGCGGGAAGCCGCUGGCCAUCUAGCGGCGAGCGGCCCGCCCUCUGGCGACGGAACCUGGCAACUUUAUGCUUCAGCUACGUAGGUACAUUAAAAACCGCUAAUCGCGAGCCGUAAAGGCAAUAUAACCUCUGGCGACGGAACCUUGCAACUUUAUGCUUCAGCUACGUACAUGGAAAAACCGCCAAUCGCGAGCCGUAAAGGCAAUAUAACCUCUGGCGACGGAACCUUGCAACUUUAUGCUUCAGCUACGUACAUGGAAAAACCGCCAAUCGCGAGCGAAUGACGUCGUACGGGCAAUAUAAAUGUAAAUUAUGCUACCGGCUUUAUAUCAGCUAUUACAAGAUAGUGACUGUGGUAGAUUUGAUGAACAAUUUCUGGUGUGGAUUUAAGUAUAUUCGUCAGUUGGCGAUGACUGGUUAUAACUUAGAUUUACCAGCUAUAUGUAGAACUAGUGGCGCUAAUAUAUCUAAACAAUUUUUUGCGUUGCCGGGUACAUAAAUGUAGGUGGGGCGCCGCUUGGUUAUAUGUGAAGAUUUUUUGAAGUGUGUGGCGAUAAGCCCUUUGCCAUGUGCUGACGAUAAUAUGUUACAACUCUAUGCUUUGUCAGUUUCAUAAAGAAAUUAAAACCGCCAUUAGAAAAGCUGUGUAAAAAUGUGUAAAACAUUUCUUUUAAGAGUGGGUGUAAUUUUAGAGGUUAAUAUUCGCACAUCCAUAUAUGGUUUAUAGACAUUUUUCAUAUCAUACAAACCCGAAUUAGAAAUCAUGCUUAUCGAAGGGUUGCCACUUCUGUAAUUUUUACCGCAAUAAUGGCGGUAAAUUUGGAAAUCACUGAAAAAUAU